AUGCCGACCCGUACUCGUCCUACUACCAAACUUCCCAAGGAUAAGCGGGAUGAAAUUGUGCAACGCUAUAUCGCGAACCCAUGGUUGGAGGAGGAUGAGAAGACCGCGGCUUGGGAGGAAAUGGGGAUCACAAAGAGACAAUUCGAUGUAGGUUGUUAUAUUCUAUUCCAUCGUGUGGACCUUAUGGAUUGGCCUAAUCAUUUGCAUGUAGAGUAGGUGGACCGAGUGCAACAAUCGACGAGGAUCACCGGCCCUUGCCCACGCCCGCAGCGAAUGUCAUCGAAUAAACGCCCUACCAGAAGCCCAACGUGAAAGUGAAAAAAGGGCCUACAAGGAGACGGUGGGAUGGGGAGGAUAUACCAAUGAUGAUGGUUCUCCGAUGGAUGUUCUUGCGGUUAUUGGAGGGUUUGCGGCGGCGGCGCGCAGAGCCGUGGUGGAGCGGAAUUCGUCCCUCCUAAUUAGACGGUAUUUCUUGCCUGCUCGCGGUGCUGGGGUAUGGUGUUAUGGUCUUUGGAACAGUAGAAUGGAGGUACCACCACGGGGAUUGGUUUUCAAGACAUGA